CAAUCGAGGUAAUAUGGCGGUCUUUCCGGCACGCGGAUACGUAGGCGGUCGGAUAACCUAUACAUUAAAGACCAAAUUCACCGCGAGUUUCUCAGCUGGCCGUAGAUUGACAGCAGAAAGAUGCCCGUGGAAAUCGAGUCGAACGAGGCGAUGCCAGAGCAACAGCAGCAACAAGAUGAGGUGAACGAGCAGCAGCAGAUGUUGCACUCCGACGGUGAAAACGUCGAGGUCAAAGAACACUUUAUUGCGCCACAAGUACAGAACAAUCCUGAUGGAUGGGGUCCUUGCGAGCUACCCGAUCAAUUCAAAGAUAUACCAUACCAGCCGUUCUCCAAGGGUGACAGAAUUGGCAAGAUAUCCGACUGGACUGGUCCAGCUUUCCAAGACAAGAAGUUUGCAAAUAAGUAUGCAUCGCAGUUUGGCUCAGGAAGUCAAUAUGCUUACUACCAUGAUGAAGAUGAAUCAACCUUUCAUUUGGUUGACACAACACGUGUUCAGAAACCACCUUACCAGCGCGGUAGAUUUGGUCGUCAGAAUCAGCGUAUGCGUGGACGUGGUGGCCGUGGUGGUGCUAUUGGUCAAAUGCAGGCUCUUGGCAAGUUAAAACUGAGGGAGAGAGAUCGCAAAGGACAAACUAAACGCUGGGGUCGCCAGCAAGGUCUUAGGAAUCAUAAAAAUCAACCUCCAAUCAAGAUUAGGGAUGCUUCUGUUACCGUUAGACCAGAUUGGGUUACUAUAGAGGAAAUGGAUUUUCCAAGACUGAGCAAACUUACUCUUCCUGGUGUGAAAGAUGGUGAAGACAUUGCCACCUUUGGUGCCUUGGAAUGGUACGAUAAGAGCUACGACAGAGUCAAUGUGAAGAACGAGAAGCCACUGCAAAGGAUUGACCGUAUUUUCCACACUGUCACCACUACAGAUGAUCCUAUUAUUCGCAAAUUGUCGAAAACUGAGGGCAAUGUAUAUGCCACUGAUGCCAUUUUGGCGACGAUUAUGUGCUGUACUCGCAGUAAUUACUCUUGGGAUAUCGUCAUCGAGAAGAUUGGCAAUAAACUUUUCUUUGACAAACGUGACAACACAGAGUUCGAUCUGUUGACGGUCAACGAGACAAGCGUAGAACCUCCACAGGACGACGGAAACUCUUUGAAUUCUCCAAGAAACUUGGCUUUGGAGGCUACUUUUAUUAAUCACAAUUUCUCCCAGCAAGUACUCAAGUCCAACGAGUUCAAGCACAAGUUCCAAGAGUCUAAUCCAUUUAUCUCGGAAGAAGAGGAAGGAGAAGUUGCCAGCGUCGCCUACAGAUACAGAAAAUGGGACUUGAACAAUGGCAUCACCCUCAUUGCCAGAUGCGAGCACGAUGCCGUCGUAUUGGGACCCAACAACGAGCCCCAAUUCCUAACGAUCAAGGCACUCAACGAAUGGGACUCGAAACUUGCUAACGGAGUCGAGUGGCGUCGCAAGCUCGAUACCCAGCGAGGUGCCGUUCUUGCCAACGAGCUACGUAAUAACGCUUGUAAAUUGGCCAAAUGGACCGUUCAAGCUAUCCUCGCCGGCUCUGACAUUUUGAAAUUCGGUUACGUGUCACGUGCCAGCGUGAGAGAUUCCAGUAAACACGUGAUUUUGGACAUUCAACAGUACAAGCCAUUGGAGUUUGCCAACCAGAUCAAUCUGAACAUGGACAAUGCUUGGGGUAUUCUGCGUUGCAUCAUCGACAUCUGUAUGAAACAGAAGGAUGGCAAGUAUUUAAUCAUGAAGGAUCCCAACAAGCCCAUGAUCCGUCUCUACGAUAUUCCUGACAAUACAUUCGAAAGUGAAGGCGAGGAGGAAGAGGAUGACGAUGAGGAACAAGUAAAAGACGUAUUCCAAAGUUAAUUGUAUUUUUAUCGUUUUUCUCCUGUUACAACCAAUCCUCAUUGAUUCUUUUGUAAGCUCUAUAGCUAGUAAAAGCUGUUGAGAAUAAACCAUUACGAAUAAUUGUAAUUUCACGCAACAAAUCAACUUGUUUUCUUUUAUUAGUGCCAAUUUAAAUACAAAAAACCGU